AGACACCUCAGGCAGCCAUGCUGUUUAUACUAUGGAGAACAUUCUCUCAUCUCUGAAUGGCCUCACUGAGUCAUGGCUGGCUCUUGGCUCAGCUUCCUACCACACAGACCUCAGCUAUACUCUUCUGAGUGGACUGGGGCUACUGCUUCUGUACAUCUGUUACCUGAUAUUGAGACUGCUUACACAGUGGCUGUGGAGAAAGAAAGACACCCCUAAGAGACAGAGCGGCAUUAGGCGCAACAGAUGGAAAGCAUUUAAAUGUAGGUGUCUACCUAUUAACUUCGUCAUCCCAGCAUGGUGUCCUUUCUGUGAAGAUUCAGGUCCAUGAUAAGAAGAUGUCACUCCUGGGACUCUGCUUCAUAAGAUCAACCUAAGAUAGAUUCAGUCUCCUCCAUUCCCCUAGUUCUUAAAGCAAGGUGCACAGCUCCUUGGGACUGUCUCCAGCAGUGGGUACAGCCCCUGGGACUCCUGUGAGAUGUGCAGGGGAGAGUGACAGUCUUUGGUGACAGGACAGCCCCUCAGGGAUCUUCUGAGAUGUGCAGGGGGGACUGGCUACUUUGAAGCACAGCUUAAGUCUCCUGACACUGUGACCCUGCUUUGUUCCUGGGAGCUGACAGCCACAAGGAAACCACUGAUCAGUGUUUCCUGCAGUGGUCUUGAGUGACAGCCAACAACACCAGGUAAGAAAGUUGGCCAGAGAGACUCUGAGGAAGGAAGGAAGCUGCAGACAACCCUGCAAAGCCUGGGCAAACCAUACGACCCCACAGGCUCUCAGCAACGGCUAUGUUCAGAUCCCCUCUGUAAAAUAUGUAACAAAGCAAGCAAUCGCCACCUGCUCUCUCGGGUUCCGCUGGAAGACGGUGCUGCCUCGAUGUCCUCUUUGCCUUCUACAGCUCCCGUGACAGAGGCUUCUUUACUUGCUCUACCCACUCAUUCUCCUGCAAACCAACCAGGACAUCCAGCUCCAGAAGCUCCUCCCCACACUUCCCUCUCCAUCCUCGCACAGAACCAAAUCCGUCCUUUGGAUGGCAUAUCUUCUCCCAUACCACUCCAGGCCUCUCUGUCACCACAAGCUAUGGCUCCCUUAAGCCCUGCAGCGUUCCCGGCCCAUACCCCACACAGAACACUUGCCCCUUUUCCACACCGACUUCCAAAUGCCACCCAGAAAGCACAGUUAGCUCUCCAGUCUCCUCCGGAGAGGCCUAGGGAGCAGUCCCUCAAUGUCUCGACAGCCAAAAGCACUGUCUAUGAGCCAGCAUCCUCCGGGCCGUGGUUCAGUGCUGAAGACCACUCCCUGACAAAUUUGGCAGAUGCUACUACUAACCAGCACCCUCUAGGCUCCUAUGCUUCUCAAGGCUCAGACCAGAGACUCACAAAGGCCCAUGCUGUGGCGCCUGGAGACCAUUUGUCUCCCAGCCUCGAUGUCUUAGCACUCUUCAAGAAGCAAGAGAAAGAGGAUGCUAAUGUCCCUGUAUAUAAACUUAAAAAAAAGAAAACAGUAUCUUUUAUAAUGCCACCAAAUACUUCAGGGGAAAUCUCGGCAUCAAAUGCUGGUCUAGAGAACUUGGAAGUCUCCCACCUUUUGGGUAAUAAAGAGGGAAAGAUAAAGGGCCCUCACCUGCACCAGCAGCCCUCUCAUCUGAAGAACUCUGAAGAUCAGUCAGAGAUGAAGGACAUCCAGCUCUUUUGGGGACUCCCUUCUCUACACAGUGAGUCCCUGAAACAUAAGGCUGCCAAUUCAGGUAACAGUUACCCAGAAAGGGACUAUUUCAAUGAAAUGGCUAAGGUCUCUUCAGGUAGUGAUUAUUCUAACCUUACUUACCCCAUACCUGUGCCCUUGCCUGAGAGUGACCAACAGAGGCAAAUCAGACCUCAGUCUCAGAUCAAGCCUGACUCCCUUGCCAGCUGUAAGGCCCAGACUCAAUCGCUAACCCAGUUCUUGCCACCUUCUUCUCAAUCCCAGCUUAGGAUAUGUGGGGUACGUUUUCAUAGCCUAAAGGAUAAGGCACAGCCUCUCAGCCCACAUGAAAUUCAACAGCUGGAAUACAACCUACUACAAAAAGCGCUGCAAAGUUUCUUGGGUUUACCCACUCUAACCCAAACAUUCCAAGAAGGCUUCUUUCCCUCACCUCCUAAACUCUCCUCAACCAGAAAUUCAUCCAAAGUCCAUGCUCCCAAGACAAUUCUUCCUGGAGACUUCCCUCUCAUCCAUAAACUCGAGAGGAAACUGGAACACCAUCUUCGAAAGAGACUCAUCCACCGUCGCUGGGGCCUGCCCCAGAGGAUCCGUGAGUCCCUGUCAUUCAUGAGUCCUCGUUUAGAAAUUCCUGAGGUCCCUAAGGCAAGUGACACCUAUGGACUCUCAUGGAUCUCUCUCUAUAAGUCCAAUGCCAACAGAAACCUAUCAAGCUUUGGGGUAAGCCAAUCGGGAAGCCUCCAAAAGAAGCCCAUAGAGAUUCAACCUCUAAAGAAGAAAGACAUCAAAGUUCAGAGACAAUGUCCAGGGAUAGACCAAAGAGAUCAUGUACAGAGUAACUUCAGUGGGGCUACAAAGAGCAGUGUACAUUCUAAUUCUGAGACAGAUCCAGAACUUCAGCCAGGGAAUAUGUCUGGAAAAAUUUCAAAGGCUUCAUGGGUCAAGCAGUGCCAAAAAGAACAUGAAGUUUUCCUGCAAGAACAUCUGGGCAAGAAAACUAAAGAAACGAGUGGGAGUGAGAUGCCUAGUACUGUGGACAGGUCAGGGCAUUCUAUGAACAAGGCACAGCCUCCACCAGAGACCUCCCCCAGACAAACAACACCUUUGGCAGGUGAGGAGGAUGGACUGACAAAACACCCACACAGCUUGACACUUAGUUGUAGCAAAGAAAAGAUGUUGGAAGAACACAUUACAUCCUUCGGCAGGAGGAUGACAUUUGGCCUUCCACAAAGAGUUGAGGAGUCCUUAGAGUCCUACUUGACAAAAGCAGAGUCGUCUUGUCCUUUCCCUCAGCUCCACAUUCAAGCCCACAGAGGUCCCAGAGCAGACUCUGACAAGUCCUCCAGGUCCUUCCACAGAAACACUACUGGAGAUAAAGUGGUGACUGUGAAUUCAGUCCCCACCCAACAAAGGCCUCUCCCUGCUACUUCACUUGUGGGCCACAGCCAGCCAGCCUCUGAGAACAACAAAGUGUGUGUAGAUAAAGACCUUAGCAUAGCCCCAAGGGGCAGAGAGCCAACCCAGCACUGGACACCCAGUAUGGCAGACAAAGGCAUCCUGCAACAGUCUGGACCAGACAACAGACCUGGCCCAGAGCUGCCCGUGAGCCCAGAUGGGCCAACACAUGAGAGACUGGCUUCCAGCACCAACACACAGGGGUCUCAGGGAGAAAAGACGAGCUGGGAACACGGCUCCACGGCUGAGGGGGCCACAGAGCUACACAAGGGAGAGCAACUCCCUGGUCUUCACCCACAGUCCACUAAGAACUCGAGAGGCAAACAAGGCCUGUGCUCCCCCGGGAGCCACGUGACUGCAUGUCAGUCCCUGAAGGGAAUGUCAGUUCCUCACAACUCUGAGGAGCCUGACUCUAAAAGUCAGGUAUCCACGGAAGGCGAGCCAAACCCAGAGGGCAGGCCACACAUCCAGGUGCCAGACCUGCCUGCCACGCCCUUUGCCUCAGCAGAAAUGACUUCCAAACCCCAGGGCCCCUCCAGUGGGGACAUGGCAGUUUCUCAGGUGCUGCACCUGCACCUGCCCACUGUGGGCAUCAACAUGGAGUCCCAUCAGGGUCCCUGGGUCCCUGCAUAUCUCUCAGGCAAGAGCAAGAACAAGGACUGUCCCCCUGCUGCCAGAGGAUUGCUCACACUGGCAAGUGAAGCAGGAAAGCUUGGUGGAGGGGAUGCAGGCUUAGGGACAUCCCAAACCAGAGGGAAGAGUCACUGUGUUCAGGCCGGGGCACCAGAGGAAACACUGGGACACACAUCCUCCCCAGCACUGACACCUAAGAGCCAGCCUCAGGAAAAUCAGUUCACCAACCAGGCGAAGGGCUUCUGGCAGAGGCUGUCCCCUGGAAGGAAGCACAAAGGACAGGAAAAGUCCCUGGCCAAGGGCUGCUCCCCAUUAACAUCCGUGAAGGGCACAAGGCUCAUCAAAGGGAGAUGUGAGUUUUGUGGCAACCCUGAAGCUCAGAAAUGUGUGAGAGACCCUGGGAUGGUCCUGAGGAAACAGCUAGGGUACAGGCAUGGGACAGUCAUCCCCUGUCCCCAGGCACCUGUGUGUCCCCUCAUGGAGUCUGAAGAAGCUCAGCAGGAGGUGCAACUGCAGGCUCAGGCAGAGCCUGUCCAGAGGCUGCCCCACUUCUGCUGCAAAGCUUCCUGCUCUCAAGGGCAAAGGGCUGAGUGCUGCAGCCCAGGACAGGGGCAGACAGUCCCUGAGAGGUGUGGCACUACAGGAAAAGCUAAGAUGGUGGAGCCCUCCCCCACGCAUGCUUUUCCACCAAAGUCCUAUCUGUAGGCAUGAAGCUGGCUAGGAGCCUCUGUUAGCCCUUCUCUGUGUUGAAGGCACUGGUGGAGGUUUGUUUCCAUUAACC